UUAACAAAAUGAAUGUGGCAGGAGCUACGACAGAGAAACGACUCACCAAGAUUAUUAAAAAAAAGGUCAAAGCUACAGAUAUAAUACUCAGCAUUGCAGUAGUCCUCAUAUUUCCUUUUGAUCUACUUAACACGCUGGCCAUAGUAAGCUGGCGUCGUGGUAAUGGAGGAGAAAUACCUACAAGAGCUAGGAUUGGGUUUUAUUUUGCAUUUGUUGCCCUAUAUCUUGUUACUGCUCUUUUUGUAACAACAGCAAUUUCAUGCAACAAAAGGCUGUAUAAGGCAUGGAAAAAAAAGCAAUGCAGGCCAAUAUGUUCAUGUCACAAAAGGCAUUACAUGCAAAAUUGUAAGAAGAUAGCUUUGUUUGUUCUCGAAAUAUUAGCCAUUUUAAGUGUUGCAGUAUACUUCUUUGGAGAUAACUUUGCUGAAGCGAUACCUAACAAUGAUAGUGUCAAAUAUGUGUCAGGAGGACUCAUUGGUACUGCACUUGUUUCACUAUAUAUUUUCAAUUUUAUUCAUGGUAAAAUAAAGGAUUCUAACAAAAAGGAAGAAAACUUAAUUGAAAAAUCUCUUAAAAAAGGCAAAAUCAACGAAAUUGAAUGGGAUAAAAGAAACAAAAAAAGAAACGCAAAGUUUUAUGAGGCACUUUACAUGUUAAUACUUGAAGCAUUUGGGUUUAUUCCAUUGAUUGAUGGUGGCUAUACCUUACUUUUAGAACUUGAUGAUCCGUGUGAAAAUAGAAAAAAAACAAAAUUCUUCAUUCUCCUGUGGGUUAUUUAUGCACUCAUAUUAGCUCUAAUAGUAGUAUAUGUAAUGCUUAGGCCGUGUAUUGUCAUGUUGAAGUUAACAAGUCAAAAAAUAAAAAUCAAUCAGAAUUUCGAAGGAUCAUGUAAUGAAGAAGUAACCAACUAUGGUGGAACAGUCACGUGUACAUACAAGACUGAAAAUAUUCAAAGAAAUGAUGAUGGUACUCGUACAAUUACUGGAUAUGAAGAUGUGAUGAUUGAAGGAGGAGUAACAAAAAGCAAUAGCCAAACAACCAUUAAAGGAAUAUUCAACACUCAGCCUGUAACAAUAGCAGUCAUUGGAGGGAAACAACCAAAUGGCAAAAAUGGAGGAACAACAAUUAUUGAAGGAAGAGACAUCAUUGCAGAAGGAGAUCUUAUAUUUGUCAAUGGAACAAUAGAAAAUAAAGAAGGAAACAAUCGACAACAACAAGACGGACAACAACAACAAGAAGAAGAUAGACAACAACGUGCUUUAAUAAUUGAAGGAAGAAUAAAGAGGCAACAAAAUGAAGAAAAUGAGAAUGGAGAACAUACAUGUACUUUAACAAUCGAAGGAGGAAUUACAAGCAUCAUUGGUGGAACAACAACGCUCACUGCAGACAGUGCUGAAAUUAAAGGUGCAACAGUUCAAAAUGAAGAUGACGCCCUACAUUAUAGUGGAGUAUGCUGUGAAAACAAUACAUGUACAAGUUUAUGUUGCUUGACUAAAUGUACAUGUAAUAGCAACCAUUACUUAAUAAAGUCAUGGAACAACUUAGUAACAAAAUGGAACUGGACCAUAGCUGGAUUUCUUUACAUCAUAUUAAUCCUCAGCUUCUUUUGUAUUGCAUCAUUUUUGGUUGCUGAUAAUAUUCAACCUUUGGAAUGUACACUUGAAAUACACAACAAUGAAUUAGAAGAUGGUCUUAACAUUAGGAUAGGCUUGCUAUGUGUCUCUUUUGUAUGCUAUGUAAUAUGUAUGGUUCUAGCAAUUAUAUUUUGCUGCAGAUCUUAUUGCUUGAAACCAAAAGAGGAGGAUGGAGAUGAGGAUGGAGAUGAGGAUGGAGAUGAGGAUGGAGAUGAGAACGGAGAUGAGAAUGGAAAUGAGAACGGAGAUGAGAAUGGAGAUGAGGAUGGAAAUGAGGAUGGAGAUGACGAUAAAGAUAAGAUGGGGCGGCAAAUGAGGCCACCAGUCUAACUUUAACUAUACAAGCUGAUGUGCAUAAUACAAGAAACAUUAACUUCAAGCAAUAAAUAUUGCAUAGGAAAAUUUGUCCCUUUUAAUUUUUAAUAGUAUUACAAUGUUAGUUUUGCAAUAAUUACUGAUUGUGUUUCUUUAGAAAAUA